UUUAAAGAACAUUUCAUUUUAAAUGAAAUAACUCGAUACUAUUUAUGACAUUCGCUGUACAAUUUCCUGGGUUUCAAAACAAUAGAUUUUGUUUCAGGUAUAGGCAUGGACGACGCAUUCAUCUUUUUAGCUGCGUGGAAAAAAACCGACCCACAGAAGACCGUACCGGACAGACUCUCAGAAGUUUAUUCGGAAUCCGUCAUUUCUGUUACCGUAACUUCAGUAACGAAUUUCAUAGCCUUCACUUCAGGACUGUUCACCCCUUUCAGAGUAAUAACUUAUGUUUGUUUGUAUGCAUCGGUUGCUGUUGUCUUCUGUUACGUUUAUCAGAUAACGUUUGUUGGGGCUUGAAUGGCAGUCUUUGGAUAUGUGGAGAAACAAGGGAGAGAUUCUUUAUUCUUUACAAAAAUAAAUACUCAGAAAGAAAACCGUUCUUGGAUUCGAAAGUUUCUAUUUUCUAUUCAAUCUUGGAAAUCUACGAAAAAUGAUGUUGCUCCUAAGCCGUCAAUUUUUAUUUGAUUCGGUUAUAUUUUAUCAAUUUGGUACGUGAAAAUAGUUAUUUUCUUCAUCAUCGCCGGACACGUUGCUGUAGCACUUUGGGGCAUGACUCACACGCAUAUUUUCGGGUCACUUUCUGAGGCGGUGACAUAUGAUUCAUAUUUUGCAGAAUAUCAUAAAAAAAUUUUUAACAAUUUCAAUCACUACGAAUACAGAUUCCAAAUCAUUAUCGAUCAAGAAAUAAAUUACGCAGACGUACAAAUUCAGAAUGAAAUAGAGAAUUUUUUCUCAGAAAUGGAGAGAAAAGGAUUAAUUGCAAAUUUUCUUACCGAGUCUUGGCUCAGAUCCUAUUUGAAAUUUCUCAAGGACCGAAGAAUCUCAUUAUCUGUACAAUCAUUUAACAUAAGUGAUACGAAGGAUUUUAUCUCAAUUUUGCGCAGUGUUUUUCUACGUUAUUCUUCUGCACGACGAUUUCGUAAUGAUAUUGCAUUCAACUCUAAUUACUCAGCUAUCGUGGGAAGCAGAUUACUUUGUCAGACUAAAUUUACUACGGAAGAAUCUUCAUAUUUAACUUUUAUAAACAUGAGGAAACUUACUGAAAAAAUGCCUUUUAAAGUUUUUCCGUUUCACUUUUUGGCUUAUUGGACCGAUAGCAUUGAAUUGCAUGUAAAAUUUACUGCACAAUUGUUGAGUAGUGUGGUGAUCAUCUUAGUGAUUAUUUGUUUCGUUCUUAUACCAGACAUCGUUGUUAUGGUUUCGGUUGGUCUUUCCAUUGUUAUUAUAGAAAUUUCCACCUUGGGUUACAUGGCUCUGUGGGAUGUCGAAUUGUCACCAGUGUCUAUAAUCGUUUUAGUCAUGUGCGCUGGUUUUUCGGUCGAUUAUUCUGCUCAUAUAGCUCAUGCUUAUAGACACUAUGACAGUGAAGAUCCCAAUGAACGUCUUCGUCAUAGUAUAAAUUCUAUCGGAUACGCAAUAUUUCAAGGUAGUGCAACAACAAUAAUCGCCGUGUUACCUUUAGCUAUUCCUUUGGCUUAUAUAUUUGUUGCGACUUUUAAAAUAAUUUUUUUGGUUAUUUUAUUUUCCGCCGUUAAUGCUUUGAUAUUUUUGCCAGUUCUUAUGUCCACGUUGAAUCACGUCAAAUUGAAAAUAUGCGACAGAAAGAAACGUAGUAAAAACCUUAAUACAAUUGAUGGGCAUACAAAUGUCGGUUUUUCUAUUUGAGAAACAGCAAUAUAAAUGUCGUGUUCUUUUUCUUCUAAAUGCUGAUAACUCUGGGUAUUCCAGAUGGUUAUUUCCUUAAAAAUUUCUGAAAUACAGUACCAAAAAGAAAGGUUUAUGGGAAAGUCGAAUUAGGUUUCUGUGGAUUGAGCUAAAGUGACUGAAUUGUAGCAUAUUUCUGUCCUGAAAAUACUUAAACUUUUUCAGGUGAUUCAAUAACCUAAUAAACCAAUUAAUGUUUUUUAAUCAGAUGUUUAAUGAUAUUUAGAUUAUUAGUCUUACAUUUUAAGAGGAUUGUUGAGGAAUGAAGCAAUUUGAAAAAAACUGAGUUAAUGAUAUUUGAUGGGCUUUUGUAUUUAUGUCCUUUAAGACUUCAACAACACUAUGGUCAGCAAUAUGGUCUGAUUCUUGAAACUUCUUGCACACGUUAUCAAUGAUGCAAUUUUUGAAAGCUUAGAAGCUUUCAUUGUGAAUAUUAACGUUUUUUCAUGUUCAUCAUCUACGAUAUCGUAAAGGUUUUCUGUAAUGUCCAGUUCUUCAUCCGUGGAUUCUAAAUUUCUUUGGUAUGGGGUAUGUUCUCAGCUUCUUAUGAUCAAAUGGUUUU